GAAUGUCUCAUGGAGGAGUUUUGGAUGCGUCUGUGAACAUCCACAGGUAGUUACACAGUCUGCUUCGCCGACUCCACUUCUGCAUUUUUCUUGCAGAAGCAUAUCAUCGAUACGGACUCGAUUCUUUUGGUUUUUGUCUAUUCUAAGUAAUGCGCUGAGCCGGAUACUUGCAUGCACAUUUUUUUGCAAAACACCGCGGACUGUGCAAUAACAUAUAGGCUAACGAUGCUUGUUUGUACUCCUUUGCAUUAAGUUUUCGACAAAUCAGAAUAACGCUUGGAUUUUAUUGCAAGUUUGGAUGUGAAGGCGAAAGCGGAAUACAAUGGCAAGCGAGCUGAAGCCUCGGUUGUGUGUGAUGAAGAAAGGAGAGAACGGCUACGGGUUUCAUCUGCACGGAGAGAAAGGAAAAACCGGACAGUACAUACGGAAAGUGGAGCGCGCGUCCCCGGCGGAGGCGUCGGGACUGCGCGCGGGUGACCGUGUGGUGGAGGUGAACGGCGAGAACGCGGAGCGAGAGACACACCAUCAGGUACAUCACACACCUGUGCUCCACCCUCACAAGAGCUCAGGUACAUCACACACCUGUGCUCCACCCUCACAAGAGCUCAGUCUCCUCCUUGCUCUGAUCUGUGCACUUCCUGUGUUUCCUGCUGGGGGUGAAAGGCCCGUGUCGGAGGUUCAGCCCUCAUCGGAGUCCUCGACCCGGGACCCGUCUGAGCUUCUGCCGAGGCUGUGUCAUCUGGUGCGGUCUGAGACUGGUUACGGCUUUAAUCUCCACAGCGAGAGGUCCAGACCGGGUCAGUACAUACGAGCUCUGGACCCCAGCUCGCCCGCUGACCGCGCAGGACUCAAACCUCAGGACAGACUCAUAGAGUUCUCGAGGGAAAGCAGCAGUCAUCUUCUCGACCCGUUUGAAGAAACAGGUCUAUGUCUGAGCCCCACUGCGGCGGAGGCUAAAGAGAAAGCCCACGCCAAGCGCACCAGAAAGAGAGCGCCCCAGAUGGACUGGAACAAGAAGCAUGAGAUCUUUAGCAAUUUCUGAGUCUUCCUCCCAGAGCCCCGGACACGUGACUGCUUUUGAUGAAAAAGAGGCACCUAUUUUUGUAGAAAAUGAAAACUUGAAGCAUAAAAAGUUGAAAAACACACCCAGAGGGGAUGAUAUGAGUUACGUCUUAUGAAUG